AUGGGGAAACUUAUCCGGCUGGAGCUUUUCAAUUUCAAGUCCUACAAGGGCCACCAUACCCUGCUGUUUGGAGAUGCGUACUUCACAUCCAUCAUUGGGCCCAACGGGUCUGGAAAGUCGAAUUCGAUGGAUGCCAUCUCGUUCGUUCUAGGAAUCAAGUCGUCUCAUCUGCGCUCGACCAAUUUACGCGAUCUCGUUUACCGUGGCCGGGUCCUACGCACGUCGAAAGUCGAUGGAGAACCCCCUACAAAUGGAGAGGACGGCGAACAGGAGGAGGAUGCGGAUGUUAUGGACGAAUCGCAGGAUACAGGCAGCGCGAACGACCCUAAGACUGCCUGGGUCAUGGCCGUCUAUGAAGACGACGCUGGCGAGGAGCAGCAAUGGCGCCGAUCGAUCACCAGCCAAGGUGUCAGCGAGUACCGCAUCAACAACCGAAUCGUGACAGCUCAGCAGUACAACGAAGCGCUGGAAGAGGAGAACAUCUUGAUCCGAGCGCGCAACUUCCUGGUAUUCCAGGGUGACGUCGAGGCUAUUGCCUCACAGUCCCCGAGGGACCUCACUCGUUUGAUCGAGCAGAUCUCCGGCAGCUUGGAGUACAAGGCUGAAUACGAGAAAUUGAAGGCAGAGGCGGAAGAAGCCGCAGAACAGCAGACUGUCCAGCUCAACCGUCGACGAGGCAUCAACUCCGAAGUUAAGCAGUACCAGGAGCAGAAGAGAGAAGCAGAGAACUACGCGAAGAAAGCCGAGGAGCGCGACCAGGCCAUUAUCACACACAUCCUGUGGAAGCUGUUCCACUUUCAGCGUCUCAUCGAUGCGUCCAGUGCCGAUAUCCAGAAGUACCAGGAUGAGCUAAAGGAAUUCCGCCGUGGCGUGGAAAAGUACGAACACAACGUCGAGGAAGCCAAGAAGGACCAUGCCCGUGUCGGUAGGGACGUUGGAAAGGCCGAGAAGAACAUCGUUAAAAAAGAGAAGGAUAUCGAAGACCUCAACAACUCCCUGGUACCGAUUGACGAGAAGAUCGAUAUUACGCAAAAGAAAGUAGAGCGUUACUCCUCAAAGAUCGCUGAGAUUGGCAAAGAGCGGACGGCACAGGCGAACAAUGGCAAGCAGCUCGAGAAAGACCUCAAACUCGUUGAGAAAGCCCAGGCUCAAUGGGAAGCCGAGUGGCAAAAGACCAUGAGCAAACAGGGAAUCCAGAUGAGUGAAGCGGAUCAGCUGGAAUACCACAAGUUGAGGGAAGAGGUCAGCAAGCGCUCCUCUGCAGAUCAACUCAAUCUAGAUAAUCUUCGCCGCCAACGGAAGACCGAGGCGGAGGCUGUGAACAGUUUGAAAGGCAAAUUCGAAAGCACUGAAUGGCAACUGAAGAACCUUGAAUCAGAGGCUUCCAGCAUGAAUGAACGCAAAUCGACUCUUACUGAUACCAUCAAAAACACCUCGAAGGAAAUCGACCGCAAGAAGAAAGAUCUGAACGCUUUGACAUCGGAGCGUCUGAAGAUCUCUCAGAUGCGGACGGAGCUCGAAGAGAAGCUCCAGGUUGUUCUGAAGAAGCUUCUAGAAGCCGACGAUGGCAAAAAGCAGAAUGAACGGGAAAUUCGGGCCAAGGAGCUGGUCUCGACUUUGAAGCGCAUCUUCCCCGGUGUCAAAGGACGUGUCAGUGACCUCUGCAGGCCGAAGCAGAGGAAAUAUGCCGAUGCAGUCAGCACUGUUCUAGGCCGUCACUUUGACGCCAUUGUCGUGGACAACGAGAAAACCGCUAAGGAGUGCAUUCAGCAUUUGCGUGACCAGCGGGCUGGCCAAGCCACUUUCAUUCCCCUGGAGACGAUCCAGGUCAAGGCUUUCAACUCGAACCUGAAGGGUAUGCACCGGAGCAUGCGUCCUGCCAUUGAGACCAUCGAUUAUGAUGAUUCUGUUGCACGAGCUAUCAGCUAUGCUUGCGGUAACUCCAUCGUUUGUGAUGACCUCGCAACUGCCAAAUACCUGUGCUACGAGCGGAAUGUCGAUGCCAAGGCAGUCACCUUGGAUGGCACUGUGAUUCACAAGGGCGGUCUGAUGACUGGUGGACGAGGCCCUCAGCAGAAUUCCUCCAAACGCUGGGAGGAUUCUGAAGUGGAGAAUCUCCACAAGCUUAAGGACAAGCUGAUCGCAGACCUUGCGAACCUUCCCAAGAGCCACCGACGAGGCUCCGAGGAAGAGACUCUUCAGGGUGAGCUGGUUGGCCUCGAACAGCGGCUGAACUAUGCCAAGGAGGAGUUGAAGGCUCUAGAGAGGAACAUCAAGAGCAAGCGCAGCGAGCUCGACUUUGUGAAACAGCAGCACGAAGACUUGCGACCUAAGUAUACCGAGCGGAAGGAAAACCUCGAUGAGUUGGACGAAACUAUCGAGAACACACAAGCUUCCGUUAGCACGGUCCAAGACGAGAUUUAUCGCAAGUUCUGCAAGCGUUUGGGAUAUGAGCAUAUUCGUGAAUACGAAGCCCAGCAGGGCUCCCUGCAGGAGGAGGCCUCGCAGAAGAAGCUUGAGUUCACAACGCAAAAGAGCCGCAUUGAGAACCAGCUGAGUUUUGAAAAGCAGCGAAUCCAAGCUACCGACGACCGGAUUAGUGGCCUCAAGGCUCAGUACGAGCGUGACAUGAGCUUGAUUGAAGAGCUCAAGGGCGAGCAAGAGCAGAUUCGCAAUAGUCUGGAUGAGGCAAAUGCUGAGCUUGAAUUGUUACGCGAGAAUCUCGAACAGCAAAAGGAAAUCUAUGCGCAGUCGGCAGAGAAUCUGGCCGAGCAGCGGAGGGAACUUCAGAAGCGCAGCAAGCACGUUGAGGGAGCUCUCAAGAACAUCAACGCCCUUGAAGCCGAAAUCCAGCGGAAUUCGUCCAGUCGCUAUGCCCUCCUACGACGAUGCAAGCUUGAGGACAUUGAUAUUCCACUUACCGACUCGUCGAAUAGCCUCGAUAAGCUUCCCAUUGAUGAUUUGGUGCAGGCCGCCGACCCGGAUGCUAUGGAUGUAGACGAGGCCGAUGACAUGGAUGAGACUCCGGUUGUGCAGGACUACGGAAUUGAAGUCGAUUUUGAUUCCCUUGGUGAAUCCCUCAAAGAGGGAACCGACGAAAAGCUUGAAGAGGAACUGCUUGAGAAGGUUCGCUCUCUCAACAGCGAACUGGACAAGAUGGCCCCGAACACACGCGCAAUGGAACGCCUGGAAAGUGUCGAGAACAAACUGCGCAGCACGGAGAAAGACUUUGAGGAUGCUCGCAAGUAUGCUCGAAAGGCCAAGGACGAUUUCGAGGCAGUUAUGAAGAAGCGAUCCGACCUCUUCAACAAGGCCUUCACGCAUAUUUCAGAGCAGAUUGGCCCCAUCUAUCGCGAGCUGACCCGAAGUACCAACUACCCUCUGGGUGGACAAGCAUAUUUGGAUAUCGAGGAUUCAGACGAGCCCUAUCUCGAUGGUAUCAAGUAUCACGCCAUGCCCCCACUCAAGCGUUUCCGAGACAUGGAGCACUUGUCAGGUGGAGAGAAGACAAUGGCAGCCCUUGCCCUACUGUUUGCCAUUCACUCCUACCAACCAUCGCCAUUCUUCGUGCUUGACGAAGUUGAUGCUGCGCUCGACAACACCAACGUGGCCCGUAUUGCCAACUACAUUCACGACCAUGCUGCCCCUGGGAUGCAGUUCAUCGUCAUCAGUUUGAAGACGGGACUGUUCCAGAACAGUGAAGCUCUCGUUGGUAUCUACCGAGACCAGGUGGAGAACAGCAGCAAGUCUUUGACCCUCGAUCUCCGCAAAUAUACUUAA